CUGAUUGCUCCUCCCUACAUCCCUGCCGAUUUCGCCCCUUCUUUUUAGCCCCUUUCUUGACUGUCUCCCUGCCCUGUCCUGCCCUGCCCUGCCCUGCCCUCUCCUACCGCCGGUCACGUCCGCGUCGAUCCGUGCCCCUGUGAGCGUCACAACGCUGCGCCCAUCAUCCAUUUGUUCCUGCGCCUGCUCCACUGCUCCAAUUCACUCUGCACCUACUGCCUCCUAGCACAUGCUUCUGGCCCACGGUUAAUUCCCACACCGCGCCUCGGCGUCGAGCCGCGGGUGGUGCCGCGCCAUCCCUCACCUCAUCACAGCUAGCGCUAACAAUUUGCGCAGUCGGCGAGCUCUCUCUCCCGCGGUAGGCAGGCUGGUUGUUAGGCUAGAUCGCUGCACCUAAUUCCUUUAGUUCCUUUGGCUCUCCUUUGGCUCUCCUUUGGCUCUCCUUUGGCUCUCCUCUGGCUCUCCUUUGCUUUCUCGCGCUGCAUUGAGACUAAGCCAGCCGCCAUCUGGGCGAGGUUGUGUCACAAUCUACGCUAUUGCACCAGCAGCUUGCUAGAACGCUACUCACUGCUCAGCCUUAGUUGCAAAUUAAUCGAUCGACGCUGCUCGCGACUGGGUGUCUUAGAGACUUUCGCUGGGCGGUCUUGCGGGGCUUCCGUGCUGCUGAAACGAUUGCCUAGUACUAAUCUAUCUCGCGCUUUUCCCUGACCCCGUACCUCGCGAAACAUUCCAGCGUAACUCGUAGCUCGUUGCUCGUUGCUCCUCGCACCAUGGUUUUUUUCGUACUCGCCGCGUACUGGCCGUUAUAGAUGCAUCCGCAACAACGUACUGGUCUCUUUCUAAACUACUCACUGCUCACGUCUAACUGUCCACUUUAUUGACCAACAUACCUUAUCCCACUGCCACUGGCUGCUCCCUGCUGUGCCCCUAACGCCCCUACCGCCUCCCUCCCUCUUGGUACACCAAUCACCUUGACACGUAACCUUAGUACUAGGCAAUCUUUAUAUUCUCCCCUGUGGCCCGGCCCGACACUUCGGCAGACUUCCUCUUUACACCGCAUUCUAGUUCCCUUCGUCUCAGCCUCUUAGUUUCCUCGCGACCGUCUGCCGUUCCUUCCCGCAUAUGGCGGCAGCUGUGUCCUAGUCUCCAACCUACGAGCGUUUUUCAGAAUCCUAAACAAACCACCCUGCAGCUGUGUCCUAAACACCAUUGAGCCGACCUCGACUCUAGACCGACCUGCUGCUGCCACAGUGCUGGCUCACCCCGCUUCAGCUCACACUCACCAUCGUUACUCACAUUUGUCUCACAUCGGCCGCUCGCGAUGAGUAACGAGCCGCUUCUUCCCUCGUCCGCGCCGCCACGCGCAGCACCACCAGCGCCUGCUCGCGCUAACAGCCGCACCUCCAGCGACGCAUCUUCCGAGCAACACCAACACGACGACGACGACGAUCGUAUCCCCGUGUCUUCCGGCGGCGGCGGCGGCGGCGGCGGCGGCGGUGGUGGCGGCGGGGGGGACGUCGCGGUUCCGAUCAAUCGGCUCACCAGCGUCGAGUGGGCGGAGAUGGGGGCGCUUGUUGCGGAGACCGCGGCGGAGUAUCAGCCAAUCGCGAUGCCGCCAGAUCAGCAGCCCGAGCCGCGAGACGACGGGUCGCAGUCGCCGCUCCACCCGCAGCAGGCCGCGGCGCCGCAAGACUCGCGGCGGCGCGUCGGAGCCGCUAAAUACCUCCGCACGAGCCUGUACUCGUUAUUCUUCGGUUCGCGGAUUAAUCUCCUGCUGGUUUUUGUCCCCGUGACGUUUUUUUGCGUGGCGCAUAACUUACCUUCUAACGUAAUCUUCACCUUCAGUCUUCUCGCGCUCGUCCCCCUAGCGGAGCGGCUCGGCUUUGUAACGGAGCAGCUUGCAUUGUAUACGAACCCGACGGUCGGAGGGCUUCUUAACGCGACAUUCAGUAACGCGCCGGAGCUGAUUAUUGUCAUGGUGGCGCUGCGCAGCGGGCUUGUACGCAUUAUACAGCUCUCCCUUUUAGGGUCUAUUCUGGGGAAUCUGCUGCUUUGCCUGGGGAGCGCGUUUCUGGCGGGCGGAAUGGUGCACCGGAAUUUGCGCUUCAACAAGCCGGCGGCGCAGAUGAACUGCGGCGCGCUCAUGCUAGCGAUGAGCGGGCUGCUCUUCCCCAACCUCCUACACGCGACCGGCACGGAGCUCCACGAGAACGGCUCAGAGCUCGCGCUCUCGCGCCUCGCCGCCGUCCUCAUGCUCGUCGCUUAUUUCGCGUACAUCUACUUCCAGCUCUUCACUCAUAAAGACCUAUUCGAGGGCCCGGACGCGGACGGGGACGGCGGGGGCGGCUUGGAGGGUGGCGCGGGGGAGGGGGAAGCGGAGGAGGAGGAGCAGUCGGUGCUGGGGUUCUGGGGCGGGGUGUUUUGGCUGGCGCUAGUAUCCGCGCUGAUCAGCGUGAUUAGCGAUUAUUUGGUUAACUCGGUGGAUGGCGCUGCGGAGGAGUGGGGCGUGCCAGUGUCGGGGCUGUGCGUGGUGGUGCUGCCGCUGGUCAAUAACGUGACUGAGCACACGUCCGCGAUUCUCUUCGGCAUCCGCAACAAGCUCGACGUCUCCCUCUCCAUCGCGGUCGGCUCCUCCAUCCAGCUCGCCAUGUUCCUCAUCCCGCUCGCCGUGAUCGGCGGGUGGGCCAUCGACGUGCCCAUGGACCUCAACUUCCACCGCUUCGAGACCUGCACACUCUUUAUCACGGUCCUCGCCACCGUGCUCACGCUGCACGAGGGCUCGGCCAACUGGCUCAAGGGGCUCAUGUUUGUGCUCAUGUAUCUGAUUCUCGCCGCGACCUUUUUCAACCACAAGGAGGAUUACUUGGAGCCGCAGGCGUCUGUGCACGCGGCGCCUGUCGUGCUUUAGCUGAUGCUGGCUACGUACGCUCUCUCCUCGUUUUUGGAUUCUCCGGGGCCUGCUCAUCUGCGUAGUCAGCCCUCCUCCUCCAUGUCCCUCCUCACUCAUGCACCUCCCUUCCUCUUCUUCCUCUUCCUCUUGGUGGGAGCCGCCAUUCCUGAUUGUGUGUGUGUGGCUCUGCUGCUGCAUCUUGCCUCUCUCGCUUUCACUUUCUAUAGAAGUCUCUCCUCCACCAGCAGCAUCUGGAAGGCUGCUGACCGUUUCUGAAAACUUUGCCUGUGCAGUUCGUUGCCCAUAAUUCCUGAUCCUCAAGUUCCAAAAAGCUUGGGGAGAAAGGGAGCCAGGAUUUUGCUGGAGCAUCAGCUGCAGUGCCUGAAAGCGAACUGUGUGUGCCUACGUGUGUGGCCAGCAAUUUCCAUUGCUGUGCUUGCGCUGGCAGCCUGUGCUGUGCCCUCCUUGGGUGGCACAUAUCCACUCAUACGUUUCUUUGUGUGUCAAACAUAUUUUUUUUGGAUUUCUUACGUUUCCUUACAUUGAUGAGAUUAUUCACUUGCCAUGUUUGUGAAAAUGUUGUAUUGUAACCAACA